AUUGUGAAUGAGCCAGUUCUUCUAGAGCCAUUUUCUACAUCCAGAACCAUCCUUCUGAUCCUAGGUUCCAGCAGUAUAAAUCCGUUGAACAACGAACAAAUUACAUCUCCCACUCCAUCAAAAGCAGAUUGUGUGUUGGCUACCUGAAAAUGUUGGCCGUGAGUGAUGAGCUAGAUCAAGAAGAUGAUGGAGAGGAGGAUGAUGCUGAUAGCAAAGCUAAUAAGGUUUUGAUGUCAGAUCAGUAAUCUACCAAUAGAACAUGGUAAGGACCAGUCGCAAAAAUCUGGAAGGCUUUGUUUCUUGCAGAUGAUGUCUCACGGUGAUAGUAUCGGGCUGAACACUGAUGGUACUGCCCCAAUUACCUUAGCCAGAGUUGCCUUCUAGUGCUUCCUAUUAAAGAAUUUCCCGUAAUAUCAUCAAGGAAUGUCCUUUUGUGAUUGGACUGCCAUGUUCAAGUGGAAUAAAGGUGCCCAUCUCUAAUGCUUAAUAACGAGUAGCAAUGUUUUGAAAAGCAACAUUGCAAACCCCAUAUAGACAAACAGGCUUUGGGGUGAUUGCUACUCAAAUAUUUUGCAAGACAAAAUUUAGUAAAAAAAUAUGUCUUGAGGUGCCAGAUAAACAUGAGCAAAAGAGAUGAAGUACUCGUGAUAACAGAUGAAAAACCAAGAGGAGAAGCAAGAGCUAUGAGGCAAGAAAUGGAUGAAAAAACUUAAAAACUCCAUUCUGCACCUGCCCUCCAUUUGGACCUUUGAUAUGGAUGGUGUGGAAGUUCCUGGCCAAAACAUUUGCUAGUGAAGCUGUUUGUGACUGUUUAACCAUUUGUAAUAUAUGGUUUGACCAAGGAAUACCAGCUUUCCUUCAACCAAACAAUACCAAUGAGUGUGUGCUCUUUCCGUUUUGAAGAAUUCACAAAGCAGAAGAGUUUGUUAUUUUUGCUUAUAUGAACUUCCAAGCAGACACAUAAAAACUUUGUUCCUUUCCCUCUAAAAAUACAAGUUAAUUAGAUAUAAAGUGUCUCUUAUCAUGGUGAUUUUCACUCUUUGUUAGUGGAAAAAGAGGAGAGAAACAUUUUCUGUUGAGGUUGUUUUGCGUGUAAUGUUGCUGAGAUCCCUGCUCUAAGGUGUUGGAAAGGUUGAAUUGGUCUCUAAUACAAACCCGAUUCAAGU